AUGUAUUCCGAAGAAAAUAAUCGUCCCGGCUCGUCAAAACAACCACUCGGACAUGUCCCUAGCAACAGCAACAACACUAGUCGGUCAGUCAACAGCGAAUUAGCCGGUCUGGAUGUGUCCAAAUCAGACAAACUGAACGGUUGCAUCCCGACGUCGUCGCUAGUGACGGGCUCCACCUCUCCGAGCAGUAGUAACGGCAGCUGCAGUAGCAGCAAUAGUAGUAGUAGCAGCUCCGGCUCCAGCCCCUGCAGCAGUAAUAGUAAUUCCCCAAAAUCCACCUCGACGACCAUUGCAGCAGUCAGUGCUAACACCAGCAACAGUACAAUUAACGCCGGUGGUAUUGGGAGCGGUGGAGGCCCCGUGGGCCAUAGUACCCGAAGUGAUAGCACCAGCAGUUGCAGCAGCACUAGCAGUAGUGGAAGCAGCGGCAGCGGGUCUUCCUCGACGGCGGCCAUCACCAUCAACGGUCUGCCGACGACGGGGGCGGCGGCGGUGGUGAAAAAGCCACGGCCCAAAACCGCGUCACCGACGCGACAUGGGCCGCAGCAGUGUCAGGUUUGCAGCAAAGUGUUCGGAAAUGCCUCGGCCCUGGCCAAGCACAAGCUGACGCACAGCGACGAACGGAAGUAUGUCUGCGGAAUGUGCUCGAAGGCGUUCAAACGGCAGGACCAUCUAAACGGCCACAUGCUGACGCAUCGGAACAAAAAGCCGUACGAGUGCAAAGCGGAAGGCUGCGGAAAGUCCUACUGCGAUGCCCGGUCACUGCGGAGACACACCGAGAACCAUCAUACCGUUGGCGGUGGCUGUGGCAGUGGAAUGGGACUGUCCGGUUCGACGACGCCGACGCCCAGCCCGGGACCGGUGCUGACCGUGACUACGACGGCGGCAUCCCCGACGCCAUCGUCUUCCGGGGCGCUGACGGCCAUUUCCAGCUGUAGUGCCAGCACUACCGGGCCGCUCAGUGGGCUCAGCCUGUCGCCGGCGACCGCAAGUGGUGACGCCAGUUCCCCACACGGAGCCACCUGCAGCAUACAGUUCAGCUCGUCCGGCACCAGCAGCUUGACCACCACCUCCAGCAGCAGCUACAACGCCACCCAUCAAACCAGCGGCAGCGGCAGCUGCAACAGUACAACAAGCUCAAGCAAUUCCACGGUAGGAAGCAUCUCCGUCACCUUCAAUGGGCUGGGCGGAGGAAACCACAACAACAACAACAACAGCGGUAGCGGCAGCGAAUCUUUGUCCUCCGGCGGCAGCUGUUCCAAGUCACCGUCGCCAAGUUCUCCGGCCGGAAACGGAAACGAAGGCCUAACGCGGCAACAGCUGGAUCUGAUCACGCAAAUCAUGCAGCAAACCAAGCAGGCCAAUGCAGCGGCGGCGGCAGCGGCCGCAGCCGGACAGAAGGUUCCUCCGCGGCCCCGGACUUGGAACAUGCAGCUCCAACUGAGUCAGACGAAGGUUACGAACUCUGUCGUAACCGGAUCAGCAUCCCCUUCCAAUAGUGGUAGCAGUAGUUCAUCGAACAGUACAGCCGCCGUAACGCAGCCAACGGAAGGAAGUGGCAGUGCUGCCAGUUCGGCAGCUCAGUCACCCAACAGCUCCGCUCAAGCCCUGGCCAAGGUAGACCAGAAGCCAGUUGAGUGCAACCUGUGCCAUCGCAAGUUCAAAAACAUCCCGGCCCUCAAUGGGCAUAUGCGUCUUCACGGGGGAUACUUCAAGAAGGACUCCGAAACGAAGAAAUGUGAUAAGAAAGAACACACUGGGCCGCCACUACAGACGGCCAGUGUUGGCGUGCGGGCACUGAUCGAGGAGAAGAUCAUCAACAAGCGCAGCAAGGAUUUGAAGAAUCUGUUGUUGAAGGGUUCUUUCGUGGUGCCGGCACCUCCUUUAACCGCUCGACGACUACUGGAAGCGAGCGAAGCUCUUCUCUCCCCAAAACCCGGCACGGUUGCCAUCGUUUCCACGCAGAAUGGGACAACGCAGAUCAUCAAUCCGAAGGCGACCAUCAUGGCGACUGGCGGUUCAACUGCCCUCAACUGUACUACCACCGAAGUCAAGGAUGCCACGUUGAUCGAACUGCUCAAACGUGGCACCAAGGUGGCUGUGAAACGUACCUGUUCCGAAUCUGGUCAAUUAGCUAUUACAACGCAGACAUCGCCGUCGCAACAACAGCUAACGACGGCAACUCGGACCGUAGUUCUACCGGCAACCCUGAACAGCGCACCGUCCACGACCGGCGUUACGCCGUCCCUAGCGCUGUCCAUUGCUGGUUCAACGACAGCCGAGCAAUCACCAAUGGUCGGAACAGCCUCCGGAGCUGGCUCCGACUCUUCCCCUCUCUCACUCACAAUAUCACAAGCGCCUUCCGGCAGUGCAGACGUGUUCACUCUAGCCUACUCUACCGAUGCCACCGGCGCCGCUGCCUUCUUUAGUGAUAACGACGUGUAUAGUGUUAGCGAUACGACCAUGCUAUUGCAGGCCGUCGACUCCAUUCAACUGCUUCAGGAUUCCUCGUCAACCGAGCAGCUGGACGAAAUAGCUUCCCUCUCCGACUACACCACCAUCAACGAACAGAGCUUCACUCCUUCGAGGCAACUCCAAGCCGUACUGGACUCACCCCUACCUGAAAGUCUAGCCGAGUUCAGCGCUCUCCAUUCCAAGGACUUUGUUCUCUACGGUGGAAACAACUCUACCGCAGCCAUUAUCAACUGCGACCAACCCAACAGUCAGGCUUCCAACUCACCUCUUCCGUCUCCACUGGCUUAUCCAACGCCUCCCGCUUCGCAUGAACCUGUUGCCCAGGCAUCUCCCUUUCUUGAUGACUCCCGUCACUUCUCCGAUGCUAGCUCCUUCUUCGACGACAAACGAACCUCCUCCGCAACGAACUUCCUCGACGAUGGCUUCUUCAAGUCGGACGCCAAAGAUGUCAAACUGAGCGACGAAAAGAUCCUCGCCCUCAAAAACGAACUCCUGGAUGAAAACCACGAUCUCUUCCGCAGCAACAAAAACAUUCUGGACGAUCACUGUCACGAUCUGUUCAAAAGCGAAGACAGCUUCUUUGUUGAAGAAUCUACCACCGCUGUCAAGCAGUCCGACUCCUCUUCACCAUCGGCAGCCACCGUCGAAGAUGCUGACGCCGCUUCCAAGAUAAACCUGGACUUCCUGGAUGAAGCGCAGGCCUUUAUCAACGAAAGUAGAAACGCUUCCUCUCCCUUGUCGAAUGCUUUCUUCUCCGGUACGAUGUCCAGUGCCGAGGAGGUUAAGGAAGCUCUGGAAGAAGUGCUGCCAACCGACGAGGAUGUGGUCAUCGCCGAGGCCGACAUAGAUCUCUACUACCUUAACGGGCUGUCGUCACUCCAGUCUCAAAUGAUGCCCAACUCUGACGAUCCACUGCUGUCCUCCUCUCCAAAGGAUUUCGCCCAUCGUCAACAUCAGAAGUUCCUUUUCGAGCAACAGCAGCUGAACCAGUCAACGCAACAACAACAACAACAGCAUUCAUCAAACAGCACGUUCUCACCACCGAGUGCCAAAAAGCUGAAAACAGAAGCGGACGCUACCCAGUCAGCUCCGUCCGCCAGUGAUACAAACAAAAUUCCACUAACCGUACAAACCGAGCAGAUUCCAAAAGACAGCCACCAGCCCGGUGAUUCCGUAUUUCUCAGCCCUAGCAGCAUCUCAUCCACCAGCAGUACUGGUAGCACCAGUAGUUCACCGAAGCUCCAACAUGCUCUUCUCCGUAAACGAUCUUCCUCUAUACUACCGACCGUUUCCAUACGAAAAGCGCCCGUCUAUCACUCCAAGCUCCGAAAGUCAACGACCUCUGCAUUUCCCGUUACACACUACACUCCGCAGCCGAUGCUGAACCCUGUACGCACGGCUUCAGGUCUAUACUCCACCAUCGCAUCAACCCUGGCCAACCAAUCGGGCUCCUCUUCGGACUCCACCGUCGAUGACACCUCAGAUAUCUUCAGCGAACCGCCUCUUCCGAUCCGACCACGCAUCAACCUCGGCAACGACUACCAAGCGACCAUUCCGGAGUGCUCUCGUCCCAGCUACCACCACCUCAACCAACAUCCGGACAUCCAGUACUGGGACCCACUGGUCUGCCAAAACGAUCAGCAGAUCGCCCGGUUUGUCGAACUGGCACGGUCUUCCGCGGUUCCCCUCGGAUGCCACUCGGAAGAGGACGCCCUUAAAUCGCUGCUGGAAGCCCAAGGCGAAGUCCACAUCGCCGUUCUGAACCUCCUGCAGACUCCAGCCAACGGAAUCCAUCGACGGUGGGCACCCGGCGAGAUGGAGCAGUUCAUCCGAGGACUCGAGCUCUACGGGAAGGACUUCUUCCGGAUAGCCGGCGAGUUGCUGCCUGGUAAGGCAACUGCCGAUUGCGUCCAGCUGUACUAUUUCUGGAAGAAGCUCUGCGCCGACUACAAAACUACCCACCUACUGCAGCACGGUGAUAACUCGAUGAAGUUCAUCAACGUGAACGCCUACCCGGCGGACGACCUUCUGCUGGACCACAUCGGCUACACGAGCAACUCGAUAAAACCAAGCCACGGUCAACAGUCUUCGAACGGGUCGACAUCGUCGACCGGUAGCGACGUGCGGCCGCACGUCUGCGAAGUUCCCGACUGUUCAGCGAGCUUUACCUCGAAGGCCGCCCUGCACGGUCACAUCCGAAUCCACUGUAUCGGGCGAUCGGCGACGCACCUGAACGGUGCCUUGCAAAAUGGUAAUUUCUUGAGUACUACUGCCGCCGGUAACCCUAUUAACCCUAACCACAUACCGACAAAGGAUGAUUAUCCCUGCAAGGUGUGCGGCAAGGUAUUUAAUAAGGUAAAAAGCCGCAGUGCCCACAUGAAGUCGCAUAGACCCCAAGACGCAAGUGACCAGUUGCAACACCAACUGCAACUCCACCAACAACAGUUGCAACAACAACAACAGCAACAGCAGCAGCAACAGCAACAACAAACGUGCUCAACGUAAACAAAAGCCAAGUUGACAGUUGCCAUUGUCGCUGCCUGACGGCAGCCAUGGCACUGUCCCAACGAAAUCCAAGCGGAAAAAAGACAUUUUUCAGAGACAAUCUUCAAUCAGUAUAUGUUUACAAGUGAAACACAAACCGAAUGCCACCUCGAAAUUAGUAAUCGUAAAAACAAAUAAGACAAAACAAAAAACACACCUGAGCAAAUCACUGAAACGGAGGUUGUUAAAACAUAAACAAAUGCAAAUAAAUACGUCAAAGAUCCCACAGAAAUAAACAAAAAAAAAGUAGAACAAAACUGAAAACUGAAACUGAUUACAUUCAUACAUGGCGACCAUGUCGCCAACUGCAAAUUGUCAAAUUAUCAUCAGCAUUGAAAUAUAUACAAAACUCAUAAGGACUCACACAGAUGUUCACUCACACGCAUACAUUGAAGUACACGAACUUCCAGUUUAAAAAAUUAUACAUAAAGUAUCUAUUUGACAGUGUAAAAGCUCUCCAUAUAGGACAUACGUUUAGACUUAAGAAGAGAAAAAACUGUUUUGUAAACUUUUUGUUGUUGAUCUUUCUACACUUUAACACAGAGAAGUAAAAAAAAACAAAUGAAUCUAGUACAUAAUCCAUUGUGUAAAUAAUGAGAAUUGUUAUUGCCGAAACAAAAAAUAUGAUGGGAGACAAGUAUCUCGCAGUCUUUUAAACGGAACUAUUUCUUAGCAACGUAAGAGGGUGCAUCAAAAAUCAAAACUGGAACAACAGAAAAAAACAACCGUGGGCGUGGCCUUUUUCGUAGUGUAAACAAGAGUCAUUUAGAAAAAAGCAAAAUAGGUCCGAACAAUGAGCCCCCACCCUCCUUCCCUUUCAUUAUAUAACUGUUUCUCUUUCUCGUGCACACAGACUCACACUCACACUGACUCAUUCACUCACUUUUUGACAGUAGAACGUUACCAUGGCAACCGUUACCAACCCGGAAAACAACUGCAACUCUACAUAGAUGACUUUUAAUCUUUCCAGUAUUAUAGAGAAAAUUGUCAAACAAAAACAAGUGUCAAACGGAUACCGUUUUCUUCGGAGUAGGCAAUCGUUCCUUCCUUGAGAAACUCUUUCGCUCUUUCUCACAAAUACACUCUCGAAGUAGAAUAGAUAAAAGCAAGUUUAUCCCACACACACACACAUACACUCUUUCGCAAAUAAAACAUAAAUAAAAAUGGAGAGAAAUGAAGUAAGAAACAUGGUUGUACCUAGAAACUAAGUGUUGAUCGAUGUCCUAAUUCUAAUAAAACCAUAUUAUUACCUACUCAUAAGAAGUAACCCACUCCGUACUCAGAGAGCGAGAAUGAAGGAUUGAAAAAAAAAACGAAAGAGCAACAGAGGCUAACAACUGUGCCAGUGUGAAAUGGUAUUUGUUGCAUAUAUUUAUUGACACUAAGUAAACAAACAAUCUGCUCAGUUUUAUUCUCUUAUUGUGGUGUUGGCGUGCGCCUAUUGUUUACCGUCACCGAAUGUAACGCACAUAAAGCAUGGCUCAAAAAUCGAUGGCAAUAACUCGCUCACUCAAUCCGACAUCUCAAAGCCACGAGCAUAUUUUGACGAAUCUCUCUAUUGUUUUUAAGUAACGAACUCUCCUUCUAACUAUCGAACGGACAAACGAAGCGCCAAAAGCCGAAUCGAAACACCCAAUUGUCAAGAAGAGUGUGAUCGCAGCAAGCAGCUUUUCUAUUGAUUGUGAUAUUAGUUGCUCGGAAACGACGAGUGAAAAUAGGAAACGAUAAUCGGAAAUCAAGCAAACCGUAGCGAAACUCUUUACUGUCUUCUAUUAUUAAUUGUAGUGGAAACUGAAAAAGAAAACUGGAAAUGCUCAAAAUAGUCUGUUUUUCAAAUACUGUACUUUUUUAUUAACUUCACGUAGCUGCUCUACUACUCUCGUCUACAAUUAUACUUAGCUGAGACUCGGUACACUGAACCGAAACAUCCGCCUGUCAUCGGAUGACAAUUUGUUGAAAUAUGACAACUGUCACAAUGACAGCGGUUUGUUUGGGUUCCGUGUCCCAACAGCAAACAAUAAUCAUAGCAACCAAAUGAGUGAAACGCUGAACACAAAUCUCAAAACCGAAUCACGUGAGCCAACUUUGAUGGCUCACUAACAGGCAAGUUCACGCUCAAACCACCACCAUACUCUGUGUUGUGAUUUGUAUCUAUAAGUACAUCUACUCGGACAAUUCAAAGAGAGAAAACAAAAACACUCGAGUGACAAACGAUGGGCA